UCAUUUCAAUAGCCUUUUAUCAAGAUGAUCUAACUUCUGAGAGACGCCCACAUUCUUUUCAUUUCAUCUACUCCAGACUCCAGCCCUCUUUAUCGCAGCUGCAUUCAUACUCUGAAAAUUAAUUUUUGGUAUUCUGAGAAGAUCAUCGAGUACGAGAGCUUAAUUUUCGGUUUGUGUGAAUAAUGAAUCAGAACUCUGCAAUUUGGGAGAAAAUGAGAAACCGUUGCUUAAAAUCUCGUGUAUUGACGCCUUCUUCAGGUUGAAAGGGACGAAGGAACUGAACAUGCUAAUGAUGCCAUAUCCAGUCCACUGGUUGUAAUUGAUGGUGGUCUUCAGUUAAAUGAGGAUGCCAUAAGCUCAAGGUCUAGCAAUGGAGGGUUUGAGCACCAUACGCAAACAACACCAGAAGGUGGUGCAAAGUUACAUCAUGAGGGAGGAAGCACAUGUAACUGUGAUGAAGGAGGGCCUAUGUCUGAUAAUAAAAGCACAUUCAGACAUAGGGUCAAAACUGAAGGUGGAGCUGAGUUUAGUGACGAGGCUGGAGGGAUCGAUAAAGAGACUAGUAGCUCAAUGUUAUUAAAGACUGAGAAUGGAAAGGAUCAAGCUCGAAUUGCAGAUGUAAUGCGUGCUCUUUUUGGGGAUUCAGAUGAGGAACCAGGACAAUAUGAAGCUGAGUUUGGCACUGAUCAAGGGAAAAACAAUUCCAUAUCUCCUGAACACAAAUUAAGUUAUGAGGGAGAUCUGGAGUCUGAAGGUACUGUAUCAAGUGAACAUACACAAUUUGGCCCCAAAGAAGAAGAAGAAAAGGCCGAGGAUAAACCAGAGGGGGAGUCAAAGGAUAAACCAGAGGAGCAGUCAAUCGGUAGGUUGCUGGUGGUGGAGUUUCCAAACCGCACUCCACUUGCUCACCCAUCUCAGAUGGCAACAACUGAACUCUCAAACAUAAUUGCAUUUGAUAGUAAACCAUUUGACCCAACAACAUACUCGGGUGAGGAUAUUUAUAUAACAGACGCUUCCGGAUCUGAAAGGUUUAUCCCAUCAACCAAUAUCGUUCAAUGGAGAAAUGUCGUAAACUCUGAUGGAACAAUCUCUCUUGAAAGCAAUGCACGCAUUGUGAAUUGGUCGGAUGGGAGCUUCCAGCUGUUAAUUGGGAAAAAAGCAUUUGACGUCACGGAGGAAGUCGCACAAAAGAUCCUAUCACAUUCUUUCUUCUGGCAUGAGGGGAUCUACCGGUCUCUGGUAAGCUUCUCUAAAUCGGAAAAGGUUGCUUCAUCUUCCGUAGUUUCUGAUCCCGAUAGUUCGACUGUUCAUGGUGAUCGGGAGACCACACCUAAGCCUGAAACAGAGCAAUUUCAGCAGGAUGGUCUAAAAGCAACUGAAGACAAUCUCUCACUUAACCAGAAGAGUAAUGACAAGGAAAUGACAUCCAAUCACAACAACCCUGAGGAGGUAUCUGAUGAGCACAUGUGGCCCAGCGAAGCAGGAGACAUAAAUCUUGAGAGGCAGAAAGAUCGUCAAACUAAGAAGCGUAGGCCAAGACGCGGAUAAAGCUGAGGGGAGUUGGAACUUGAACAUGAAAGGGGUUUGAUGAGUUGCUGAGGAUGAAAGGGAUGGAGGAACUGAACAUGCUAAUGAUGCCAUAUACAGUCAACUGGUAGAAAUUGAUGGUGGUCUUCAGUUAAAUGAGGGUGCCAUAUGCUCAAGGUCUAGCGAUGGAGGGUUUGAGCACCAUACGCAAACAACACCCGAAGAAGGGAUCAAAAUUGGAAGUGGUGCAGAGUUACAUCAUGAGGGCGGAAGCACAUGUAACUGUAAUGAAGGAGGGCCUAUGUCUGAUAAUAAAAGCACAUUCAGACAUGGUGUCAAAACUGAAGGUGGAGCUGAGUUUAAUGACGAGGCUGGAGGGAUCGGUAAAGAGACUAGUAGCUCAAUGUCUUUCGCUCAAAUCCUCCACUUUUGAAUAGUUUGUCUUUCUUGUGACUGUUUCUAUUAUUUGGUGUACAUGUGUGUGUACGUGCAGGGGUGUGUUCUGAGUGUGUGUGUGCAGGUGUGUACAUGUGUGUGUUACGUGCCAGUGUGUGCAGGUAUGUGUAUGUGUCUGUGUGUGCAAAUGUGUGUAUAUGUGUGUGUGUGUGUGCAAGUGUGUGUGUGUAUGUUGUGGAUUUAUUGGAAGAGUGUCGCUUAAUGCUGGGCAGGACUUCUUCAUAGUCUUAUUCACAAUCGUUCAUAUUGGUUGCUCUUUGUUAGUAUUCCUUCUACUCUAUCAUGUAUACUUCAUGCAUGUGGAUUACCUUUGAUCUGCAUAUAUAUAACAUGAAACUAUGACUGUGAAGACUUAGGUCGCGAAGUUGUGAGGAUCGAUUGAUUGAUUGAUUGAAUGAACCGCAACAAGAAAUGAAAACGCAACAAUUAUGUGGUUCGGCUCUAGGCCUACAUCCACGGGCAGAAAACUAGUAUAUGUGUUUAUUGAUCACUCAAGGAAAGGUUUACAAUAACACUCAAUUCUCUCGGAGAAUUACAAGUAAAGAACCCUCUCAACUCGCUCGAAGUCGGCUUGCUUCGAGAGCACAAAUGCACAGUUGGAAACUUCUCUCCAUCUCUCUUGAAUUCUGUUGUUCUUUUUCUUCUCACCUCUUAUGAGUGGAAGCAUUGUCGCUACUUAAAGGAAUUAGGCUCGAUCAAUCCAGCUCAACGUCUUUCCAAAUUUUGUUGUAAUCGCAAAUUCAACGGUAACUUUCGGUUUGAGCACAACGGCUUGUUUCUGAAAAUGCCUUCUUUCUUUCCCUUGAUCAAGUUGCAUUUCUUCAAGCUGUCUUCCCUUUUGUUCCUUGAUCAAGCUGCCGCCCCACCGCAGUCUGCAGCUUUACCGUGCGCAUAAGCCUUGAUCUUGAUCAGCUCAAUAUACUAACAAUGACCACUCCACUUCAUAUUCGCAGAUGGCAACAACUGAACUCUCGAACAUAAUAGCCUUUGAUAGUAAACCAUUUGACCCAACAACACACUCGGGUGAAGACGUAAAUCUUGAGAGGCAAAAAGAUCGUCAAACUAAGAAGAGUAGAUGAAGCUGAUGGGAGUUGGAACUUGAACAUCAAAGGGGUUUGAUGAGUUGUUGAGUUAAGCAACAAUUCUCUUAAUAAAUUACUUGAAACUUUAGUUUGGAUGAUUUUUAUGUUGCAUAAGAGCUUCUGAUAAAUUCAUACUCAUGUUUUAGCAACCCUAUUUAUAUAUUUCUGUCUUAAGAUGUUA